GGGUUUUGGGAAGAGUCCUGACCUGACUGGUGGACCAGGCAUAACAGGGAGUCAGGCGCACCAGGGGAGUGACCUGAGGACUGGCCACAUGCGGGGCUGGGAAGGUGGGCGGUGCUGGCAGCUCAGAGUCAGAGACCCAUCGAGGACACUGGUUGGCUCACUCCACGGAAGAGCAGGCGGAUGUCUCAGCCAUGCUUGGUGCAGUGGGCUUCCUGGCAGAGGUUUUCGGGACCGCGCUUGGUCCCAGCGCUCUCCUGCUGAGUGCCGUCGCCUUUCUCUUCGUUGCUGACAUCCUCAAAAGGUGGCGCCCAAAGAACUACCCGCCUGGGCCCCUGCGCCUGCCCUUCGUAGGCAACUUCCUCCAUCUGGACUUUGAGCAGUGGCACCUGUCACUUCAGCGGUUUGUGAAAAAAUAUGGGAAUGUUUUGAGCCUGGAUUUAGGUGCCUUUUCUUCAGUUGUUAUAACUGGAUUGCCCUUAAUCAAAGAGGCCCUAGUUCACCAGGACCAGAACUUUGUGAACCGUCCCAUAAACUUAAAUCAAGUCUUUCAGAAAAAUGGAUUGAUCAUGUCCAAUGGCCAGGUAUGGAAGGAGCAAAGAAGGUUCGCCCUGACAACACUGAGGAACUUUGGUUUGGGAAAGAAGAGCUUAGAGGAACGCAUUCAGGAAGAGGCUCAGUACCUCAUCCAGGCAGUAAGAGAGGAGAAUGGACAGCCUUUUGACCCACACUUCAAGAUCAACAAUGCUGUUUCCAACAUCAUUUGCUCCAUCACAUUUGGGGAGCGCUUUGACUACCAGGAUGAUCAGUUCCAGGAGCUGCUGAGGCUGCUGGAUGAGGUCACAUGUCUGCCAAAAUCAGUGCGGGUCCAGCUCUUCAAUGUCUUUCCACGGAUAAUGAAAUUGCUUCCUGGACCCCACCAAAUCAUCUUUAGUAACAGGGAGAAACUGAGAAUGUUUAUUGCCCGUGUGAUUGAAAAUCACAGGAGAGAUUGGAAUCCUGCUGAAGCAAGAGACUUCAUUGACGCUUACCUCCGGGAAAUAGAAAAGGGCAGUUCACCUUCAGUUUUCAAUGAGGAAAACCUCAUCUGUAGCACCCUGGACCUCUUCUUUGCUGGAACUGAGACAACGUCAACCACGCUGCGCUGGGGUCUGCUCUACAUGGCCCUGUACCCUGAAGUCCAAGAGAAAGUCCAAGCUGAGAUUGACAGGGUGCUUGGCCAAUCGCAGCAGCCAAGCACAGCAGCUCGAGAGUCCAUGCCCUACACCAACGCUGUCAUCCACGAGGUGCAGAGAAUGGGCAACAUCAUCCCCCUGAAUGUGCCCAGGGAGGUAGCAGUUGAUACCACCCUGGCUGGAUACCACCUGCCCAAGGGGACCACAGUCCUGAUUAAUCUGACUGCACUGCACAGGGACCCCGCAGAGUGGGCCACCCCAGACACAUUCAAUCCAGAGCAUUUUCUGGAGAAUGGAAAGUUUAAGAAACGGGAAGCCUUUCUGCCUUUCUCAAUAGGGAAGCGGGCGUGCCUUGGAGAGCAGCUGGCCAGGACUGAGCUGUUCGUUUUCUUUACUUCCCUUUUACAAAAAUUCUCCUUCAGGCCUCCAGACAAUGAGAAGCUGAGCCUCAAGUUCAGGGUGGGCCUGACCCUCUCCCCAGUCACCUCCCGCAUCUGUGCUGUUCCCAGGGCAUGAGGUUGUGGGAGGGGGAGGGGAAGAAAAGCAGGGAGAAUGGGCACCUCCCCCAAGGCAGGGGCUCCUGCUCAGAAGUGAGGGGACAGCAUGAAGUGCCUCUGAGCACAGGUCCUAGGAACUGCACUCAGAGGAACCUGGAUUCAAACCCCAGCUUUGCCAUCUCCAGUGUGGCCCUGGGCAAAUCAGUUAUGAUGUAUGUGAGUCAUUUGCCUUUUCAUCUGGGAGAUUUAAAGAGGAUCAUGAUUGCUUCUGUAAAGGAAGAACUGCUGUAAAAAUCAGGAGAAAUAAAAGACUUUAACUGGUUUGGAAACCAUAAAGCUCAUCAUAAAGUCA